CAAAUUUCAAACCUGAUUAUGUAUAAGAGUUUACGAGAUAAAAAUAUAAAGUAUUUAAAGACAAUUGAAGGUACAAAUUAAAUCACAAUACUUUCUACGUGACUACGUGCCUAACCCAAAUUAAAUCUGUAUUAAGUAUUUGCUCAGGAUAAUUAUAAAAACUGUGCAGGAUAACAAUGAACGUGAUGACAUUUAUGAUGCUGUUAAUUGGAAUAGAUUGCUUCAAUAUUGAUACAAACAAUGUAGUCAAUAUUCUCGGACCAGAAGGAACACAUUUUGGAUAUUCUGCUGUAAUGUUUAGCAACGAGGACAGUCAGAAAUGGGUUGUAAUAGGAGCUAUAAAGGCAAACUUUACGAACGACCAAAUAAUAACGACACCAGGCAAUAUAUUUAAGUGUAAACUGAACUUUACCAAACCCACACAAGAUUGUGAACCAAUGAACAUCAGAACUAAUGAUAAUAUAAGAUGGCCAGACCUCCCUGGAUACGAGGAAGAUAACGAAUUACUUGGAGCAGCAAUGUCUAUUUUUGAUGACACCAUAAUUACUUGUGCUCCUCUCUGGAAAAAUAUGAUUCCUCUGAGACAAACCAAGUUUGUCCAUCCUAUUGGAAGGUGUUUUAACAUAGAUAGAAAUUUGCAAUCGUAUACAACGAAACAAUUCAGUUACAGAGUCUUCAGAAACAACUUUGCAAAUCAAUCAGAUUUCGAAUUAGCUCAGAUUGGACUUUCAAUAUCAAACAAAAAGGUAAUAACAUAG